UAAUCGAGAGGUGUUAUCACAACAAUUAACAGCAAAAAUGUGAGGGUAUGAGCGAGAGUCUCAGAACGUGUGGCUUUGUACGCAGUUCCUCCCUUUUUUUUUAUUUGAUGGAAAGAUUUUACCUUCACUCUAAUCCUUCUGCUAUUUGUUUAAGUGCAGAAUUAACUAUGCGUUUUUGUUUUGAGUGUACAUUUUGCGCAGUAUUCCUCUAUCAAACCAUCUUGGGAGGGAUUUGAUGUGGGGGGAAAGCGUACGAAAACAUAAUUUCUCUUCCCGUCUUUUUUCCUGAAAGCACAUUUGUCUCUCUCCUACUUUCCCUAAUUCUCCAGACGUGUUCCAACCGUUCUCUUUUUUCCCCUCUCCCUCCCCAAAGUUGGCUUCCUCUGCCCUCGUUCCUAGGCAUCAGCUGAAGACCCAGCAAGGCCCCCAUACACAAUGAGCUUUAAUUGGGUUAAGUUUGUCCGCCACAGAUAACAUUUCUCUUUCUGUGGAGAAUAAAACAAAUUGCUGGCACUAAUGGCACUGUUUAAUGUAGCUCUUUUUAUUAUGGAUGGAGGAAAUUAGGAGGAGACUCCCAACAGAGAGCUGAUGUCGUGGGAGUGAGUGCAUUGUUGCAGCUCAUCAGAAAAGCGUUUUUGCUGGAGCGCCGGCCUCCUCGCCGCCGUUGCUCAUCUCUCUCUCACUAAGCCCUUUCAUGUGCCCUUUUGAAAACACGGCCAUGUACCUAAGAAUUGGAGCGUUAAAGCGUAUAGCCUGUGCGAUCUGACGUGAUCGGGCCCUGCGUUUGGCGCCAUGUGUUCCGAACCUGUUCUCCGUCCGCUGUUUUUUAUGCUUUAAUGCCCUAAGUCCAUAAAGCUGGUGUUUCUUUGUGUAAGUCUGGGGCAAGAGCCAGGGAAACGGGGGCUGGAGGGGGGCUUGUUAUUGAGGUUUUGGCACAAGACGCGGUAAGCCUAAAAGCCUGAAAUUUGUUCUGCAUUGCUUUCGUUUCUGAAGAGGGUCCCCCUUUUUCAAGUCAGACGUCUCACUGCAGCAAGCUAAUGGGAUGCGAGGACAGAUGCACACCCUGGCAUUUAACACGCCAACACCUGAGAGUGUUUGGAAGACAAUCAGCAGUAAAAAUGUAAUGUUCAAUCUGGAUUUUUAUGGUGGCUAAUCAGGACUGAUGAAGUAGAGGGUACAUUAAAGUGCAGCCGAGCGGUCAGCCCCAAUCUGCGUUCCUGCUCUCCACCUCUCCCUCGUGUGCCCAUGUGCACUCGGCAUCAGCACGGCUGUCUGGGUCCGGGGUCACUGUAACAAACAAAACGUGCUGUUUUAAGCGCCGCGCUGUCCUUAUAUGGACAAUUAGUGCUGUACGGCGGCAUAUUUUAGCAAUCCUAUAUUUUGCUGAUGUACACGUUGAGACAAUUAAAAGCUUCUGGCAAUGCUUUCCUGACAUUUUUUGCUUUCAUAAUAGAUUCUAUCAGGUCAGGUCACCGCAGCUCGGUCCCGAAAGUAAAACCCAAAUCGAAGGAAGCUAAUAAAAUGACUCAUUUUUUUGGCUCUGCUUCAGAUCCAUUAGCUGGAAACGCAUUUGUAUUUUAAACCUCCUCAUACGGAUUGACAGAAGUGACACCGCGAGUGUGCGCCUCUCCUGUACUUUGUUAACGAGACAAAAGAGUGUUGGCUUUGCAGUAUUUAAAUCAGUUAUGUCUAAUUAUUUCAUACAAAAAUAGCCUAUCUAGGGCAAAGCCAAUGAGAUGUAACAUUGUCUGUGGAGGGGGGACCUGGAGGAGUUGGCGUGAGUUCAGCUGAACAGAACAGAACAGAACAGAGAGAAUACGCUGUAGGCAACAUAAAUAUAACAUGAACUCUCCAGGCUUGUGACAGUACAAUGGGGGAGUGUUUAAGGGUGCUUUCUGGGUCUGCACUGUCCAAUGGAUGAUAGUCGCAUAAGAAUAGCAGCAUACCUAGGUACGGUGAGAGAGGAGACGGAUGAGAGAAAGGACAAAACGCUGUUGAGUUAUUGCUAAAUUUUGAAUAAUCGUUGCAUGAAUAAUGUAAGGGCAUCAAUCUACCACCGUCCCUGCUGCGUGAAGGAAAAUACUAGCCAAUACUGAGGCCAUUUGAAUUCAGUUAGCAGUGAAAUGAUGUGUUGCAAAUGCCUCCGUCCUUAUAAUGUCCAAUGAGAGAUUUUCUUCCUCUUCUAAAUGUUCAAUAUUUUUCAAAUCGCAUGCAGUCAUCCAAGCUCAAAAAAUGAUUUGCCACUCAUUAAAAUUGUCCUAAAAUAGCAACGGCGUCUAUUCCAAACAGGACCACCGCAUUUGCAGUUCACACCUCUUUUUCUCCAGCGUCUUAAUUAAUUUCAUCCACAUGUCUUGUAAGUCUUAUUCUGAACUGUUCAUUGUGGCACAAGAAAAAUGCAAAUCCGUAAAAAGAUGACAGAGGGUGUAAUCGCGUGCUAUGUGAUUUCACAAUGCCACUCUUUCAAACCAUUCAUGUCUCGGCUGUCCUUGACCCUUAAGGAGCUUGUAAUGUGGGCUAUUUUCCUCCUUUGAAUUUAUCCGAGAAAAAGGGACCACUGUGGUGAGCUUUCGCCCUUUCGUGCCAGCGGCCUCUCUCUCUGGGACACCAGAAGCACAUUUAAAAGCGGUCUCCAGGCGUGCGCUCAGACGAGACAAGAGGGGCCCCGGUCCUCCACGGGGGGGGUCAAUUUUAAAGGCCGCUCCGUGGCUCCGCGGGGUGCCCGGCUCAAUCUGCAGGACGUCCUGCUGACCGAGACAGGGUGCCCACCAUGUUAUCCAUGACAACGGCCGAGCAGCUCCGGCGCGCCGCGUGUGAUUUUGACCAUUUCUUAGGUUGAUUUUUGCACAAAUGAUCCUCUUUCUGCGACUGCGCUUCUGCAGCACAUGCAGACGGCCAGACAGACGCUAUGGGGACUAAAAAUACUGUCGAAAAGGCCUAAUCCUGCCAAAAAGAACGCAACAAAGAUCCUAGGAAGAGGGGUUAAAAGUUAAUUAAAACAUAUCCCAUAAUACCAAUGAAAAUAAAACAACACAUCUGAUAAUAUCAAACAUUAUUUGCAUAUGCAGAUCUUUUUCAAAAAUAAAAUGCAUGCACUUGAUGUUGCAAAGGCUAAACAGUUUUUUUUUUUUUUUUAACUCCAACAAAGAGAAAUUACAAAUCUGAUCUGUUUACUCACCCUGUUGUUGAUUCAAAACUUUCUUUUUCUCAGUCACCAUUCACUUUCAUUGUACGGGGGAAAAGAUGCAAUGAAAGUGAGUGGUGACUGAGACUGUCAGACCUUAACAUAGGCUACAGCCUAACAUCUUUUGUGUUGAGCAGAAGAAAGUCAAACGGGUUUGGAACAACGUGAGGGUGAGUAAUUGAUGACACUGUUUUUUUUUUGUUUUGUUUUUUUUUUUGGUUGUGCUGAACUAUCCCUUUAAAUCCUAAAUCUUAUCCGUUUAAACGCAGAUAAACGUGUUGCAAAGGCGACGUAGAAAUGAGAAAUGUUCUAAACAAACCCCCCAAAUAGUCAAAAUGUCAUCGUAUCCAAUCGUCAGUUAAACGCUGGAGUGAACCCGAGACGAUGGCAGCAGUACAAGGAGCGCAAAAAGCGAAUCCAGUCCGUCUUUUUUCUUGCACGCUGCAGAGUUUCCUCGAAGCUCCGUGUUUUGGCCCCGAUCCGUGCUCCAAGUUAAGCUGUAGUUUCCAUGGCUGACCAUGGUUUGGUGCUGUUGGCUCUCUCUGUCUGCUCAACCCAGGCUGUGCGGAGCUCCCUGCGGGAUCAGAGCGCUCCCCCGCCGGGACCCUACUCUCACAUCCUCCUGCUGGGACACGGCUACAUUUCCAGCCAAGCCUGGCUUUAUUAUGUGUGUCUGCGCUGCAGCCCCGCCAGCAGUCGGAUCGGGAGGCGGAGGGAAGACCAGAGUCAGGACAAAGAAAAAGGGAGAGAGAGGCUAGCGACUAGAAAUAUUUACGGCUUUUAGGACGAUAAACAAGAAGAAGAAGAAAAAUCCCCUCAGGUAAAAAUGCUGCGUAAAAUGCCAUUGAGAGUGGCACCUUCGGAAAAAUAACAGCGAAGGAGGGCGGUUCGGCGGGAUCACAACGAAAAGAGACAGUUGCGACAACUGUAAAAAGGAGGAAAAACAUUGUGAAUCAAUUCCGAAACACCGUCGAAGUGGCUUUAGCACAUUAUCGGCAAGUAUUGGCACCUCUCGCCACUGAUCAGGUGUAAUUUGGGCACGCUCCGCUUCUUCAAACUCUGAGCGCGCGUGCCCGCUCCGCCGUCAGCGUCUGCCGUUACGGAGGAACAAAAGAGCGUUCGUUUCUCGAGCACGGGAAAAGCCGCAAGUUAUUCGUUAAAUCUACAGGUUGGAGAAGUUCAAUCAUUGGAAUAUCAGUUUCCAUUGCCGUACUCUCUCUUCCUUCGAACGCUUCUGGACUAGAGAGACUGAAGUUGCCGCAUUGCAACAGGCAAAGUGAAGAAAUCUCCCAAGUAUCAGCGCGUGACCUGUCAAUAUUUCUCGGAGAGGACAAGAUACCCUUUAAAGAAAGUAAAAUAUUGUUGUUAACACGGAGAUGUCUAGACGCAAGCAGGCCAAACCGCGCUCCGUUAAAGCGGUGGAAGAGGCCGAGUCUACAGAGUGCGCCAGUGGUUGGGACUCCUCUGUUCAGACAGAUGCAGCAGUAUCAGAGCGAGACUCUGAUAGAAAGGAGAGCCGGGCGGCGGUUGAGGACGGAGAACAGAGUGUGACCAGUCAUGACGAGAGGGUGGGAGAGGAGGAUUUAGAUGAUGACUCCAUCUUCACCUGUGACAACUGCCAACAGGACUUUGAGUGCCUGGCAGACCUGACCGAGCACCGUACCAACCACUGCCCAGCAGAUGGUGAUGAUGACCCGGGGCUCUCCUGGGUGGCGUCCUCUCCCUCUAGCAAAGACGUGGCAUCGCCGUCACAGAUGCUAGGGGAUGGCUGCUGCGAUAUGGGCAUGGGCACAGGGGAGGAAGAAGGGGGCUCUGGCCUGCCUUAUCCCUGCCAGUUCUGCGACAAGUCCUUCAGUCGCCUCAGCUACCUGAAGCGCCACGAGCAGAUCCACAGUGACAAGCUGCCCUUCAAAUGCACCUUCUGCAGUCGUUUGUUCAAACACAAGCGUAGCCGGGAUCGUCACGUCAAGCUGCACACCGGUGACAAGAAGUACAGUUGCCAGGAGUGCGAGGCAGCAUUUUCUCGCAGCGAUCAUCUCAAGAUCCACCUUAAGACACACAGUUCCAGCAAACCAUUCAAGUGCAGCAUUUGCAAGCGUGGCUUCUCUUCCACCUCCUCUCUCCAGAGCCACAUGCAAGCUCAUCGGAAGAACAAGGAACACCUGGCAAAGAAAGACCAGGGUAAGCGAGAUGGAUCUAGCAGUGAUGUAGCUGACCAGGACCAGGACCUAUACAUGUGUGAUUACUGCGAGGAGACAUUCAGUCAGACAGAUGAACUUGAGAAACACGUGCUGACGCAGCAUCCCCAGCUCUCAGACCGCGCAGAGCUUCAAUGCAUCCACUGCCCUGAAAUCUUCAGCGAUGAAGGCACUCUACUCACCCAUAUUGACAGAACGCAUGCCAACAAGAAACACAAGUGCCCCAUGUGCGCUGAGCAGUUCCCAUCUGUAGAGGAUGUCUAUUGCCAUCUUGACAGUCACCGGCAGCCAGACUCCAGCAACCACAGUGCCAGUCCUGAUCCAGUCUUGGGAAGCGUGGCAUCAAUGAGCAGCGCUACCCCUGAUUCCAGUGCCUCCCUGGAGAGAGGAUCAACCCCAGACUCCACUCUUAAGCCUGGACAGAGCAGACGAAAGCUUGCACCUUCUUCUGAUCAUGAUGAUGGAAGCUGGUCAGGCAAAGUGACCUACAGUUGUCCAUAUUGCUCCAAGAGAGAUUUCAACAGCCUGGCUGUCCUGGAGAUUCAUCUGAAGACUAUCCAUGCAGACAAACCUCAGCAGAGCCACACUUGCCAGUUAUGUCUGGAAACCCUGCCUACUCUCUAUAACCUUAAUGAGCAUGUGCGCAAAGCACAUAGAUCCAGUGGGAGCUCUGCGUCAAACUUUCCCCUUCUGCAGUUCAGUAAUGUUUCGGCCUUUCAUUGCAACUACUGUCCUGACAUGUUUGCAGACAUCAACAGCCUGCAAGAGCACAUUCGUGUUUCUCACUGCUUAUCUGGUGGUGGUGUUGUUGCUGGAUCCACCACUUUGGAGGGCAACCAUGCUUUCUUCUGCAACCAGUGCUCCAUGGGUUUCCUUACAGAGUCCUCACUCACUGAGCACAUCCAACAGACCCAUUGCAGCAGUGGGGGAGGUGUGACCAAGAUGGAGUCCCCAGUCUUGCAGCCAUCGCAGUCCUUCAUGGAAGUGUAUUCUUGCCCUUACUGCACCAACUCACCCAUCUUCGGUUCCCUCCUCAAACUCACUAAACACAUUAAGGAGAAUCACAAGAACAUCCCACUCGCCAACAACAAGCGCAAAGUCAAAGUGGCAGAUUUGAGCCCAGCCUCAUCUGACGUGGAGAUAUCCUCGCCCAAACGCCAUAGGGUAACUGGUGACAGCACUCCAGCAGUUGCUAAUGGAGACUAUCCCUGCAAUCAGUGUGACCUUCGAUUCACCAGCUUUGAGGGCUUCCAAGCCCAUCUCAAGUCCCACCUGGAACUGUUACUGAGGAGGCAGUCUUGCCCACAGUGCAACAAAGAGGACUUUGAUUCUCAAGAGGCACUGCUUCAGCACUUGACUAUUCACUACACCACCACUUCCACUCAGUACGUCUGUGAGAGCUGUGACAAACAGUUCUCUUCUGUAGACGAUCUGCAAAAGCACUUGCUAGACAUGCAUACCUUUGUGCUGUACCACUGCACACUGUGUCAGGAGGUCUUUGAUUCAAAGGUGUCCAUACAAGUCCACCUGGCCGUCAAGCACAGCAAUGAGAAGAAAAUGUAUCGCUGUACGGCCUGUGCUUGGGACUUCCGCAAAGAAAGUGACCUGCAGUUACACGUGAAGCACAGUCAUUUGGGUCACCCUACCAGUACUGGGGCAACCGGAAAAGCCCGCAAAUGCAUAUUCUGUGGGGAGACAUUUGGCACGGAAGUAGAGCUCCAGUGUCACAUCACUACUCACAGUAAAAAGUAUAACUGCCGGCUCUGUGGGAAGGCCUUCCACGCCAUUGUCCUUUUGGAAAGACAUCUCAGAGAGAAGCACUGCAUUUUUGAUGGAGGAAAUGGCAAUGGAAAUGGAGGAAGCCAAAAUGGAACGCCCAAUGGUGUGACUCAAAGCUCUAAGCGGUCCACAGCAGGAUCGACUGCAGCUGCUGAGCAAGCAGAUUUGCAGAACAUGCUAUUAAAAGGAGGAAAUCAGGAAACAGCGAACAGCCAUGAAGCUAGUGGUGGUGAAGAGGAGCUUGAUGCCUCAGAGCCAAUGUAUGCCUGCGACAUCUGUGGUGCGGCCUACACCAUGGAGUCUCUGCUUCAAAAUCACCGCCUUCGAGACCACAAUAUCAGGCCUGGUGAGGACGAUGCAUGCUCAAGAAAAAAGAAGGCCGACUUCAUCAAGGGAAACCACAAGUGCAAUGUUUGCUCACGGACCUUCUUUUCUGAGAACGGCUUGAGGGAACAUGCUCAGACGCACCGUGGCCCAGCAAAACACUACAUGUGUCCCAUCUGCGGCGAACGCUUCCCUUCUCUGCUUACUCUCACUGAGCACAAGGUCACCCACAGCAAGAGCCUGGACACAGGCACCUGCCGUAUCUGUAAGAUGCCCCUGCAGAGUGAGGAAGAGUUCAUUGAGCACUGCCAGAUGCACCCUGACCUGAGGAACUCCCUCACAGGCUUCCGCUGUGUAGUUUGCAUGCAAACUGUCACUUCAACGCUCGAACUGAAGAUUCAUGGAACUUUUCACAUGCAGAAGCUCUCGUCUUCUGGGGUCAGUGGCGGAGGAGGAGGAUCAGCCUCAUCAUCUCCCAAUGGCCAGCUGCAGGCUCACAAACUCUAUAAAUGUGCCCUGUGUCUCAAAGAUUUCAAGAAUAAGCAAGAACUGGUCAAGAUAGAUGUGAACGGCCUGCCUUAUGGUCUUUGUGCUGGCUGCAUGAGUCGGGGUACAAAUGGCCAAUCCCCAACUGUUGUUGUCACCCCACAAGAGGCUGGGGAGAAGGGCACCACUGGACUGCGCUGCCCAGAGUGUGCUGUUAAAUUUGAGACCCUGGAAGACCUGGAAAGCCACGUUCAGGUGGACCAUCCCGAGAUGAGCCCUGAGACCAGUGGAGCUAAGAAAGUUACCGAUGCUUCACCUGUCCCUAAAAAGAAGACGUAUCAGUGCAUCAAAUGCCAAAUGACCUUUGAGACAGAACGAGAGAUCCAGAUCCAUGUUGCCAAUCAUAUGAUCGGAGAGCCCGCCCAGCUGCAAGAGGAAGGCAUCAAUCAUGAGUGCAAGCUGUGUAACCAGAUGUUUGACUCUCCGGCCAAGCUCCUGUGUCACCUGAUCGAGCACAGCUUCGAGGGCAUGGGAGGCACCUUCAAGUGUCCCGUCUGCUUUACAGUGUUUGUUCAGGCCAAUAAGCUGCAGCAGCACAUCUUUGCCGUCCACGGACAGGAGGACAAGAUAUACGACUGCUCCCAGUGUCCGCAGAAGUUCUUCUUCCAAACUGAGCUCCAGAACCACACACUGAGCCAGCACGCACAGUGAGACCGGGCCCCGCAGGACUCCCGGUUCAGCCUAGAACCCCGACCCAGGCCCGGUGGGGAGGAACAUUUCAACAUCACAGCCAAUCAAAGUGUCAUUUGCUACUCACAUGUAAAACUCUAACGAUUCCGCCACCAGGCGCAGCUAUUACGAACGGUGGGGAAUGAAUAUUAAUGGGAUAUGCUAUUAAAAAAGAAAAGGAGAGAAAAAAAGGAGAUGGAGAGAAAAAGGUAUUCUACGUGCAGUAUUUUUUAUCGUCCCUUCUUCCUGGUUGUGUGUUCCUUAUUUUCUCCCCGUUUUCUUUUUUGCUUUUUCUUAAUUUUUUGGGGACAAAAGAUGAAAAAAAAAAAAAACGGAAGGAAAAGACACCCUCUGCCUGAUUUUAAUCUCUAGAAAUACAUAUCUUGUCCUCUGUUGCUUCAUGUAUCAAACUUCAUACGUGCCAAUUUUGUUCUUUUCAAUGCAUAUAUUCUCAGCCCUUUUUAUUUGUUGAUUUAUUUGUACCAUUUAUUUCUUGCAGUAAAUAGGUACUUGUGCUGUGCUGUGAUUGCUUGCCAGUCGUAAUAUUUUUCCUUUCUAUUAUUAUUGUUAUAUAUUUUCUUUUUUCUAAUUACAGUAAAAAGACAAAAAACAUAUAAAGAAAAAAAUAAAAAACAUAAUGGUUUUGAUUGGAUUUUCCAGUACAUGGGCCUUAUGGAUGUUGUAAAAAUGAAUAUCAUUGAUUUCAGUGCAACUGGAUGAUGUCUGCUUUUUAAAUGUGAAUUAACCAGAUUGCAAUAAACUAGUACAGUUGAAAAUAAACAAAUAAAUAAAUCAUGAAUAAAGGGAAUCCGUGCAUCUGAAGUGAGUGUUCUUUCAAAGCGCAGAUAAAGCGUAUUGAAGCGGCUGAACUCCUUAGAGUGUCUCUGUUCCCCGGAUGCUGUGUGAGCUCUAUUCUUCUUGUCAUGCUUUCUAUUUAACAAUAAAUAUCUGGGAGCCACAGUAAUGCUGCUCAUAAAACAUACAGAUAAUUUGCAUUAAAAAAAAACUAUAACGACAAUGAUAAAACUCUUGGACGGGUGUGAACGUGCUCAACACAGGCUUAGUUUAUUAAGUUCAUUAAGAGAUAUCAUUAAAGAAUAAUGGAAAUAUUUUGCAGUGGAUAUUGUUAUACAUGUUAACAACUUAUUUAAUGAAUGUGAUACAAAUUCAAGUCUACUAUGAUUCAUCUGCAGGAGUGAAGAACAGUGAGUCGAUA